AUGAUCCAUACCCAUCACUUCAUCCACGCACAAAUCGAGCACAAAACUCACGUGCUUCUCUUCAACUCCAAAAGUCCCGAUUUCGACUCGCUCCUAAUGCACGCACGGGAAGGCCGGGCCGAAAUAUCCAAAUUCAAGUGCCAUCGUACGUGCAAUCUUCAGACUAGUUGUAAUGGUUUGAUAUUGGAGUAUGAAGAGCCUAUCAUAGAUAAUAUAAAUCUCUACAUCUCGAAUCCCACAAUCGGGAAAAUACACUUUCUGCCUCCAUUUGUUGGUGGAGUUCCAAAUUUGGCGUGGGGAAUAGCAUAUACUUCUGUUUCCAUGGCGUAUAAGGUGGUUCUGCCCAUCAGUACCGGGCAAGGCCUGGAGAUAAAAUUUUAUAUAUUAAUUGUUGGAGUGGAUAAGUCUUGGAGGGCCGUUGAUUUGGGACAAAUGUCGAUUGAGGCCAUUCGUGUAUUCUUUUUUCCUCCAGCGAUCACCGAAGGUUUCAUCCACUGGUUCCAUGCGCAUAGCAACAUGGUGUUGACUCUCAAUGUGGAAACCGAAACCGUUACAAAGACUCCCGGCCCAAGGCCCAGCCGAGGCAUUUUUAAGCACCAGACGAAUAUAUAUUUGUCGACUGGGAAGUUUUUGUCUCUAUUGCUUCUGUUUGGGGAAUUUUCGUGGCAAGUUUGGGAGAUGAGGCCAGAAAAUGGGGAAUGGAGAAAAACGGGCAGUGUUUGCCUCGAGUCUUAG